CAUCAACUUUAUAUUACAUAUUCACAAUGGCUAGAACCAAACAAACAGCUAGAAAAUCCACUGGUGGUAAGGCUCCAAGAAAACAAUUAGCUUCCAAGGCUGCUAGAAAGUCUGCUCCAUCUACCGGUGGUGUCAAGAAGCCACACAGAUAUAAGCCAGGUACCGUCGCUUUAAGAGAAAUUAGAAGAUUCCAAAAGUCUACUGAAUUAUUAAUCAGAAAAUUGCCAUUCCAAAGAUUGGUUAGAGAAAUUGCCCAAGAUUUCAAGACUGAUUUAAGAUUCCAAUCUUCUGCUAUUGGUGCUUUACAAGAAUCCGUUGAAGCUUACUUGGUUUCCUUAUUCGAAGACACUAACUUAUGUGCUAUCCACGCUAAGAGAGUUACCAUCCAAAAGAAGGAUAUCCAAUUAGCUAGAAGAUUAAGAGGUGAAAGAUCUUAGGUGUACGGUUAUUUAAUUCAUAUUUGCUUUUUAAUUCAUGUAUUACUUUAUAGUUCUUUUUAAUGUACAUUAGAUAUUUUG